AUGAUCCUUUCAUUCAGAAAAUACAACAAACGCCUCAACAAAUGUUUUUUCAACAACCCAAACAAAUAUUUCAGAAACCCAACUUUAAAUUACACAAAAAUCUAUCACAAAUUAUUGAAUGAAAUUUCAAAUUACUGUAUAACUAGUACACAAUAUAAAGAAUUCUACUCGUGCAAAUUAAAGCCUGGUCUUGUCGCUUGGUUUUUAACUCUUCUUCUCGAUCAUGGUAUCAAGCAAAUUGGAUUAAACGAAAUUCGUCGUUGCUUCAAUUUAAAAGAACAAAAAAUGGAUUUAAUGAAAAUGGUGAAAGAGGAAUUUAAAGAUGCGAAUAAAACGGAUAAAAACAACAAAGCUUUAAUCUAUUUACAAGAACAGAUAAAAUUCUAUUCUUCAACUGAAUUUGGGAAUUCAUUAUUUUGGCCUGAAGAUAUUUCUGUUGCUGAAGAAAUUUUAGACAAACAUUUCCCUCAAGUUAGAAAAUUAUUCAAAUUGAGAUAUAAAGAGAUGGAUAUUGGAAAUAAACCUUUUAAUAAUGUUACUAUUGAUCUAGCACUCGACCAAUUUAGUUUAAUGUCUGAUGAGAUUAAUGAUUCUUUUCGUAAGUCAAAUUCAAAAUCAAUGGCUUCACAAUAUGCUUCUACUUUUAAUUGUUCUGGCAUAUAUAUCAACAAAAAAAUUAAAUAUAUUUUUUAA